UCGAGAAACCUCCGCCAUAAAUUUUGGUAAGAUUUUGCAGGUCAGCCACAAGCACAACGACAACGACGUUACGUGCUGUGAGUUCUUCAUUUUCGAGGCACACAACGACAGUACAGGCUAGGCCUCCACGUAGAUAUACUGUUGUAGCAGUACUCUUGGUUGUUCUAGUGAAAGACUAGGUCAGUAGGGCACUACAAGUAGUUGCUAUAUUUUCCAAUUACAGAUUCCGACCCUGCGUCGUUUACGUCCGCCGGAACAGCAGACACUUUCCUUUGCCAGUACCAGUACGUCCACGCUACACCUUGUGUAGAGCAAAAUAAACUCAGUGUAGGUCCGGACGGAAGCGGCAAACGUAAUCACUCCAGUCCUGUUCUGUUCUGCUCAACACGCAUCGUUUCCGUGUAUAUCUACGCUCUACUUGCGUGUAGUAACGACCACUAAGUACUAGCAAAGGACAAAGGUGAUGAGACUAGUAUCAGUGGCGUAGGUGUCUGUGCGUUCAGAUUUCACAAACCUACUUGCAUGUACUUCGUCAAAGACGAACUGUACUGCGGUUCCAUUCUCUAGCUGAUUCGCUAGCUAUCGCUAGUUGUCCGCUCUGGUAGGGAGUCUAGUCGGAUUGAGUCAGUACAGGCAGUGCAGCGAUAGCGGGCUGGUGUUAUUCGAAGAGUCCAAAACCAAAGGGACGUCAUUGAGAAACUGGGUCGCAGCGUCACACAGUGAACACGCGCAUCUCCUGUAAACAAGAUAGUGCUAUGUGAACACAACGUAAGACAUGCUACAGAGAUUGUGAAGCUGAGAAAUGGAUGAUGACGAAACUUCAGCCAUCACCCCAGUGUCCACAUCCAUGGAUUCGCCGUCAGCACUGGCAGGAGACGAGCAAGUACCCGCAAGUGUCUCCUCUACAUCAGCAGCAGUACCAGUACCAGCAGAAAGUGUAGAGGAUAUCCCUUUCACACACCCCAGUGCAAACAGACAAGCAUCACCAAUAACUAGUUUUGUUGAUACGUACGUACAGCAUGCAACACAGCAUAGCCACAGCAGCAGCACCAUCAGUUGUGACAACAGCAACUUCACGUAUCCAGUUCAGGAUGCAGCAGCGUAUGGUCAUCGUCUACAGAAUCCAAUCACUGUAUCACGUAUGUUGGAGAGGAUACAACCAACAACAGCAUCAGCUCAGUUUGUUCGUAAUGUUGUCUCAUCCACUGGUGGUCACUGUGACCUGUCUCAACUGUCAUCAGAGCUGGACGUUGACUUCAUCUCGUCUGGUCCUGGGCAAGUGGAGAGUCAUAGCUUAUGGCCACAACGAGCACCGGCAUUAUCCGAAGCAGGAACAACUCUAUCAGAGGCUGACAUAGAACCAAAUACAGCAUAUGCCAGAAUUGCAGAACACGAUGCAGGUCUCUCAUCAUGUCUUCCUCUGGCAUGUCCGUCAUCGUCAAGUUUGGAUCCAAUUCGUGAUAAUCUAUACCUUGCAGCAACAAGUGGCAGUUAUACACAGGUACUGCAAGAUACCAUACCACCCUUGUCUUCCAUCACAUCACCUACAUAUUACCAACAUCAAAAACACACCCUGCAACAGCAACAACAGCAGCAACAACAGCAGCAACAAGAGCAGCAGCAGGGCCACCAGAACCUGCAGCAGCAGCAACAGCAGGAACAGCAUCACCACCAGCACCACCAGCAGCGGGACCAGCACCACCAGCAUCAGCAGCACCAGCAGCAACACCAGCAGCAGCAGCAUCACCACCGGCAGCAGCACCGGCAGCAGCGGCACCAGCAGCAGCAGCAGCAGCAUCACCACCAGCAGCAGCACCAGCAGCAGCAGCAGCGGCACCAGCAGCGGCACCAGCAGCAGCAGCACCAACAGCAGCAUCAGCGGCACCAGCAUCACGAGCAGGCCGGACAGCAUCACGACUUCCAGUCGUCUGCUUCACAGAUGUUUGCAAGGAUUCCAUUGUCGACGGAUGUCGGCACACGAUUUUCAGACUUCAGGCAAUCCUCCCCUAGCCGCCAGAGUCAUGGUGAACUCUUGCAGCAGCCGCCAGAACUUGCCUCUACAUUUCCACAUCAUCCAGGCAAAGAACAAACUUUGCCGUCAGCCACAGCAGACACCGUAACAGCAACAACAACAGUAUCAGCGCGCAGAGCAGCCAAUAGCCAAUCAGCAAGAUCCGUAACAACACGAGCCAAUGUAGCAUCAACCCGGGCUGCAGUAGUAAGUGAUGACAAGCGUUUUCAGCCACCUCCUCGGAGACUUGCACCAGAAACACGGUCGACUGAGAAGACAGCUGUGUUGGCGAGAAGAGGAUUAAGAGCGUCAUCAGCCAUGACCACCUCUUCAUCGCUUUUGCCAGAAAGUCGAGUAGGAAGUGUGAGAGGAAGAUCAGCUGUAAGGUCAAAGCCACGACAUCAGCAAUAUCCUGCAUCUGUAGAACGGCAUGCACAUUCCUUGAGCACACAGUCACCGUUGAACCAAACAUCAUCAUCAACAUCAUCCUCAUCAUCACCACCAGUAGCAACACCAGUAGCAGUAGCUUCUUCACAAGCAGCACGAUCACUAUCAUCAUCACCAGUGCCAGCAAUAGCAUCUUUAGCAUCCGUAGCAGCACCAGCAGCACCAGCACCCGCACCAGCACCCGCAGCACCAGCAGCACCAGCAGCACCAGCCAUAGCGGAGGUCCCGCCACCCAGCUACAGUUUUUCAUCUGAGUAUGGGUCCAAUGCGGUAGUGGAAGCUCUUCAACAAGGAUCAUUACAGCCCUACAUAAUACAACCUCCUCAGUACGUUAUGCUACAGGACCAAAGUGUACAGUGUAGUCAACUACAACCACACUUACAACCACAACAUCAACAACAGCAGCAGCUACUACCCGUACAACAGAAAUUACAGAAGCAGCAGCAACAACAGCAGCAGCAGCAACAGCAACAACAGCAGCAGCAGCAACAGCUACUAACCGUGCAGCAACAACAGCAGCAGCAACACCAACAGCAGCAACAACAGCAACAGCAACAACAGCAACAGCAGGUGCAGCAGCAACUGCAGCAGCCACAACAGCAGCAGCAGCAGCAGGAACAACCACAAAAACUGCAGCAGCCGCAACUGCAGCAGCCGCAACUGCAGCAGCAGCAGCACCAGCAGCAACAACAGGAGCAGCUGCCUGGACAACAUGAACAACAACAACUGCAGCAGGAGGAGGAGGAGGAGCAAGCUGGCUUCACAGUAUCACCACCAAUUGGAAAUCCCUUGACAUCAAAUGUAUCUUCAAACCACCAUCUCGUUGGUCUUGUUCCAACGUCAGUUCAACCCUCAUCACUGGCAGAAAAUGUUGCUUUCCUAUCAUCGCUGAGUUAUGCUGAUUCCUGUCAAAGCCCAUUGUUGGCAAGAUCCACAACAUCAGAAACACGGAAACCAGUAACUGCAGCAGCAGCAGCAGCAGCAGCAGCAGCUUCUGCCCUGCCAGAAACACCAGCAGCAGCACCAGUUGCACUGCCAUCAGAAGUAGCAGCAGCGGCAGCACCGCCUGGUCCCAAUCUACAGCCUGAUUCCAAUGCACCUCCAUAUCAUCCAUACCCACAGCGUACUCCAUCAUGUGCACAACUUGGUUCAAACACACAGCCAAAUACGUACUCAGAAUACAUGGAGUUACUACAACAUGAUCAGCAGUCACAGACUGAUCCCUACACGCAACACGGCGGUCCAAGUAGGCUGCAUUAUCCGUAUGCACACCACAACUUGUACCCACAGCAUGCAUUCUACCAGCAAGCUGGUCUUUAUCCACAGCAUGCAGUCUACCAACAAGCUGGCCUAUACCAACAAACAACGCCGUAUCAACAAGCUGGUCCAUACCAACAAGCAACCCGUUGGCAGCAAACCGGUUCAUACCAACAGACCAGUCGUCAUCCACAGAGUACAUUCUACCAGCAAGGCGGUCCUUACCAACAAUCAACGCCAUACUCGCAAGGCAGUCCAAACCAACAACUUCAAGCCAGUCCAAACCAACAAGCAAUACCAUGCCGACAAGCAGGCCCAUACCAGCAAGGCGGUCCAAACCGGCAAGCAGCUCUGCACCAACAAUCUACCCCAUACCUAGAAGCUGGUUCGUACCAACAGAGCAGUCAAUAUCCACAACACACCAUGUAUCCGCAGAUGGAGACAUUCUCACAAACAUCCUUGCACCAACAGCCCGGUCCGUAUCCUCAGGAGAGCACAGCUCAACAGCCACGUGAAUACACACUGAAAAAUCUCCCUCCCACUAUGAUGUCAUCGGCAACUCCAGCAUUACAUCAUAGCGCCCACCUUCCGUCUGGACAGACCAACACUGCUAUGGUUUCCCAUACAACACGUACUGGAGAAGGUUCAGCAGAGCUUGGUAAAGGUUCUCAACUCGGUUCAAAAUCAGCAGUGUCAGGGACUUCACAUAUGCUAGUGGUAAGAGCAACAACUGCAACGCCACUAGCAGUGGAAGUUGUAGCAGCAACAGCAGCACCAGAAGCAGUGGAAAUGAUUGCUGUAACAGGAGCACCAGAAGCAAUGGACGUUGUGGCAGCUACAGCAGCACCAGAAUCAGUGGAAGUGGUGGCAGCAGCAACACCACAAGCAGCAGCAACACAAGCAGCAGCAACACAAGCAGCAGUGGAAAUGGUGGCAGCAACAACAGCAACAGCAGCUCCAGCAGCAGAAGGCAUUGUCGGCACAGCAUACAACCCGUUUAAAAUGAGCAGAUUUGUAUGUGACAUUCAGCCCUGGAUCAACACGGUUGAUGCGGAUCGACUGCGCCAUGCAACGAUCAAACGAUGUCUCAUAACUGACAACAAAGUAGUGGACAGACUGAAGAGAAUCUUAUCAUCCAAGGAUGGGGGGCAAUCUGCCCAUAACGAGGAGCUUAUAAACCUGCUGACUCCUGGCCGACUGGACGCAUACCAAGCACUGUGCGAUGUCAUUAAGGAACUUGGUUACGAGGACAAGAGCAAAGUUAUGCUCUCCAUUCUACCAGAACAACAAUUCCAGCCAACGGACACAGGUAACCCGUUUGACUUGAAAGACUUUGUGUGUGACAUUCAACUACGGCUGCAAAACGUCAACGCUGAUUGGCUACUGAACGCUGUAAUCAGGAAACACCUCAUAACUGAUAGCACAGUGAUUGAUAGACUGAAGAGAAUCUUAUCAUCCAAGGAUGGAGGACAGUCUGCUCAUAACGAGGAGCUUGUCAAGCUGCUCAGAGCUGGUGGACUUCAGUCUUAUCAUGAUCUCUGUAAUGCCAUUGAGGAACUUGGGUAUGUGGACAUACACGAGGCUAUGCUCUCGAUUCUGCAGGAACAACAGCUACCGCUUCCUCGCACAGGUGGCAAGUCACUAUCAACGGAAUGUGUAGAUGUGGAUGAUGUACCUUCACAAGUAUUACAUGCACAGAAACUACUCAAGGAUCGGUAUUGCCGUGCCAAGGAUACCUUUGCUAGUGAAAUGCUCCCGGUUGGUGUGGCUCCAACUGUUGAACACGUUCAAGUCAACUUGGUGAUGCUGAACAAGUCCAGUCUGAGUAAGGAGUUCAAACAAAACAACUUUGUUGCAUCAAGCUAUGAUAUGUGGAGAGUCGAGCAUGCUUUCACUGAUGCUGGUGAGAAGAUGACAUCAGUUGAAUUGGAGUCACUUGGUAACAACACGAUGAAAGACAAUACAACACAACAAGGAGAGACACUGGGAACAAUGGCGGUAGCCAGUGCAGGAUGUGGCAAGACGUUUGUAUUUACCAAGGUUGCACCUCUACGAUGGGCGAUGGGUCAGCUGUGGAAACGCAAGAAACUGGUUGUGGCAAGGGAGUUACGUCGUAAAGAUGUGCGUGAGGCUAAGUCACUGAGUGAGAUACUUGACUUGGAAGGAAUUGGCAUUGAGGACAGCCAUGACCGCCAAGUAAUCUGUGAUUACGUACGUCAGCAUCCUGAUUGCCUAACGCUUAUCCUGGAUGGCUUGGAUGAGACCAACCUGUCUGAUUUGAGCAGCUUUCUUCAUCGGGUAAUAAUCGGGGACGAGCUACCGGGUGCUCAUAUUCUUGUCACAUCGCGGCCCUGUGCCGAUGCCUUCAGCCUUUCAGCAUUGCCUUUCUAUCGACAACAUGUCGAACUGGUUGGCUUCCGUCCAGGUGACGUUCAAACCUAUAUCAACAAAGUCCUACGACCAAAGAAGGCCAGCAAGCUCAUUACUGAAGUUGAACGAUCUUCAUACCUGCGGGGGAUGAUGGCCACACCGUUCAUUGCGAAGGAAGUGUGCAUCCAGUACCACUGUUCAAAUCACAUCCCGCGAUGCUUAGCCGAUCUCUUUGACCAGAUGAUAAUUCAGAUCCUUGAACGCAAAAGUGGGAACAGUUACAAGCAGUGGAGUUCAAUACCGGAGCAAAUCCGUAAGUCAGUGUUUGAGAUUGGAGAGUUUGCGUUCAGGAUGCUUGUGAAGAAGCAGCUGAUAUUCGAUGAGAGCGACAUCCAGCAGCAUUCGGUCAGUCAAGAUGCGAUGCGGCUUGGUCUUCUUGUGACUGAUGGAGAGUCACCUUCCAGGAAGGAACUCAGGCAGUAUCGCUUCAGCCACCUUACAGUGCAAGAAUACCUAGCUGCCCUCUUCCAAGCGCACCACAAGCCAAUGACUAACACCAGGAUCACACGACUCGUUGAAUGUCUUGGUGCGGAAAGUGCGCACAUGAGAACGUUCUGGUUUCUGCUGUGUGCCCAGCUGAAAACUGUGGACCAGGCUGACUACUUGCUGAACGCAUUGCUGACCAAGAAGAAAACAAAGCAAUGGGAUGGGGACAUGGACGAGCUUGAGGUACUUCUUUCCCAUGAGUUUCCAGACAGUCUUCUGCAGUCUCUGGGAAAUGUCAGUCCAGAGCUUCGUCAGCAUUGUGAGGAUAGUCUUGGUGGACAGUACAUGAAUACUGAUGGCUCAAGUCUACAGGGUGAUGUAAGUAAGUCACGUCAGAUUCUUGCAUACCUGUGCUACUCAGAGCUUGUUAACCAUCAGAAGAUGAACAAUCGCCAGAUGCAAUCUAUCAGAGCAUUACUUGCUUCCUAUGAACUCAGCCUGCAUGGCAGUUCACAUCCAGCUGAACACCGUGCCAUUAAUACAGCACUGCAACAUCACCCUGAUGCUGUACAGCGUGUGACAGUGAAUAGAUGGUCAUCAGACCACGCAGAUCAGUUCCCACGCUCACUAGGUCAGUGUAGUGGAAUAAAAAUGCUGAUCGUGGAUAGAGUGAAGGACACUGCAGUUUCUGAUAUGAUUCAACAGUGCAUUCAGGCGUCUCAUCAAAGUCUACACUCACUGUACCUGAUCGAGUGUACUGAUAAUAUCGUGGGCAACGGCAUUCCUGCUGUCUCAUCCUGUAAACAACUUGAGGACAUCGAAGUAGGUCGGUGCGAACCUACACCCAUUACUGGAGUUACCAUGGCGAAUGCACCGUCUGCUAUGACAAGUGUCACUUCUAUCACCAUGACGGAGAUAAAUGACCCGGGCGUUAGUGCCACCACCCUGUCAACAUUAAAAAACCUAACAAACCUAUCUCUUUGGGACUGCGACCUAACAGCAAGAUCACUACCUGCCAUUAUCAAUGCUCUACAGUGCUUGCCACAGCUGGAGAGGUUGAGUCUUCGGGAUAAUGACUUGAGUUACAUGAAUGCAGAUUAUGCUACCACCCUGCCUUUGGUCAGCCUGCAUCUCGCACACCUCGGUCUUGGUCAUUGUCAGCUCACAGUAAGAUCACUACCUGCCAUUACUCAUAUUAUACAGUGCUGGACACAGCUGAAGGCGUUGGAACUUAGUGGAAAUGACUUCAGUGACAUGACUGCAGAUGAUGCCACCACCCUGUUUGUGGUCAGCCUAUCAGCAUGCAACGAUCUCACAGAGCUGUAUAUCAGUGAAUGUGGCCUCACAGCAACAACACUACCUGCCAUUACUACUGGUAUACAGUGCUGGACACAGCUGAAUUGGUUGUGCCUCUAUGGCAAUGACUUCCAUGAUGUCACUGCCAGCCAGGCUACAGACUUCAUUGCAGCUGUGAACAACCACACGAAUAUCUCUACGCUCUACAUGUUUUCUGAAGAAGAGAUGGAAUAUGAAAAGAUGGAAGAUGAAGAGAUGGAAGAUGAAAAGAUGGAAAAUGAGCACUACACCCGACUGCUAUCACCUCAGUCAUACCUCAAGGACUUGAAAAUUAAAUACUGAUGUGUGGGGUUCUGAUGCUGCCUAGUAUGAUGCACACACACCCAGCAGCAUCAGCAAUAUCUGCAGUAAAGACAGCAACAGAGGUAGCAUCCGUGAUCACUGCAACAGAGGUAGCACCAUUGAUCACCGCAACAGCAGUAGCAGCUAGCACAGCAACAGCAGUAGCAGCUAUGACAGCAACAGCAGUAGCAGCUAUGACAGCAACAGCAGUAGCAGCUAU